AUGAGAACAAGGACCACAUUCAAUUCUUCAUCAACCAAGAGAACUACAUUUGACGGUCAUCAUUCGAUCAAGAGCAACAAACCUUCGAAAAAGAUCAAACAGUCUUCCGAGCAAAAAACUCAUACACGACAGUUCAGCAACGAUGAAUUGUUUUCAAUAUUCCGCUUCCUAUCUCCGCAAUCGAUUCUGUAUCCAUGUUGUGCUGUGUGUAAGCAAUGGAAUCAAUUGGCCUUUAGUAACAUUUUGUGGAAAAAUUAUUGUUCCACUUUGCUGAUGAACGACUUGUUUAAAUGGAACGAAAAGUGUCCACUUUUUAAGGUAGAAUUAGAGUCUCAAACAAGUAAUGAUGAGAAUGAAUUUGUUGCGUCUGAAAAUGAUCCACAGUAUUGGUAUUCCAUUUUCAGAACCGUGUUUUAUUUUCCAAUGUUUCAAAGUUUCAACUCAUUUACAGAACAAGACUUUGACAACGAUGAUCAAGAUAGUGACGGUGAAUAUGUUGAAUCUGAGAUUUGUCGUUCAGAAGAAUGUUUAACUUUUCAAAUGCCGCCAACUUUCAUUUCAGAUUUUGAAUGUGAAUUGCAAGAACCUUCUGACUAUUACCAAAACGAAUUGGAACAAGUUUACAAAAAACUAUCCCUUCAAGCAAAACAAGCCAUUCUACUGACCAACAAUUACUAUAAUUUUUUCCAAAUUUCACACAUGAUUUGGUUGAAAAAGUCAAAAAAGAGCCAAAAGAUGUUGCUGCGGCUGCCGUUCAGAACCUCUCCGAUUCGAAAUAUUCUCAUAACAAUUUGUGUCGUUGUUACAAGUGUUUUGCUGCGGAUUACAUGUUCGGCACAAGACCAUGUUCAUCCGAAUCCAUUCGACAGCAAUUCCCUAAUAUCAUCAGCAACAAGCAAUCCAACGAAUACGAAGGAUUCAACAGCUCCUCGAUCUUUGUGCUUUUCCAUGACGGACACACCAUGGAAGUGUGAUUCAAAUAAUCGAAUAACAUUAAUUUAUAAUAAUUGGCUUUCCUCUCAAGUCAAUGUCGAAGUGGCAAAAAUCAUUCUCGAAGAACAAUUGGGAGUUUGUGUGCAGUUAUUGUUACUUCCAGUCAUGGACGGAGUGUUUUUAAUUAAUAACAAGGGAAAUGAAACGGCGUUGGCCAUUUUAGAAUUUUGGAAAAUUAAUCGAUAUGAAGAUUACAAAGCCCAUGUUCAAAAUGGUAAAUUCAUUUCAGACAUUGGAGAACUUGGUCCUCUUGGAAGAGUCGGAUGGUACAUUCCUCAUUUCAUGACACAUGAUCCAUCAGCACUCAAUGACAACAACAAUCAAGAAUUUAUUCGAUCCUAUCGAUAUUUCAGAACCACUCCAAAAUAUCGUUUAAUUACAGGAUCGAGGACUUGGUCCAUGGUCGAUCAACAAAUUGUUCGAAAUUUAAAAUUGAAUUUACAAGUGGAAUAUCCUCCUGAAAACAACACGGAACAAUAUCUUAUUGACACGCUGGAAAAGGCUCAACUUGAGAAAAAACCUAUCGUGGUCGUGUUUUGGACACCUCAUCAAAUCUUUGGUUCUGAAAAUCCUCCUCAACGAGUUUUUCUACCUGCCUAUUCUGAAGAUUGUCGGAAAUUAUCGAAUAUUGAGAGAAGCCUAGUCGAUUGUGAUUAUCCACCAACGACACUUAACAAGUUGAUUAGUGACGCUGUGUCAAAACUUUCUGCACGGGCACAAUUGUUUUUGAGAAAUUUCAAAUAUCAAAGUUCAGAUCAAUUACAAAUCAUGGGUGACAUUUUCUACCAUCAAAUGCAACCGCGAGAGGCUGCAUGUAAAUGGCUCAAGAAUAAUACUGAAUUGUGGAUGUCAUGGAUUCGAGAAUCGUCGCCUUCUCGUCCUCAACAAGAUCUUCCACUUUCUAUUGGAAUGGCUGUUUUGGCAGCAUCGAUUGGAAUUUCAAUCAUUGCUCUUGCAACCAUACUCAUUGGAUGCAGCAUUCAGCGAAGAUCUUCCACUCGAAGACUUGAGAAUCGACUUGCUCCAAAAACACCUCCUAUAUGUAUUGUUUUUACAAGUAUUCAAAAUGCAGCAUUAUUGUGGACAUUGGCCACUGAAACCAUGAAAAAAGUCAUGACCAUACAUAAUCGAGUUAUGAGACGCAAUAUCAAGAAAUUUCGAGGAUAUGAAGUGAAAACUCAUUUGGAUUCUUUCAUGAUUGCAUUUCAAUGUCCUCUGGAUGCUGUGGCUUGUUGCUUGUCCAUUCAGAAAGAGCUUCUCGAGUGUGAAUGGACAAGUGACAUGUUGGCAUUUCCUGACCUUCGAAAAGUGGUUUGGAACGAUCAUGUCGUGUAUCAUGGUCCUCGUGUGAAAAUUGGAAUUCAUUUUGGAAGUGACAUUCAAGCACAAUAUGAUACAACCACUCGACGAUUUGAUUAUUUCGGAACGACGGUCAAUAAGGCAAGUCGAGUGUCCAAAGUGUGUGAGAGAGGAGGAAGAAUUUAUAUCAGUGAAGAGACAAUGCAAUAUAUUAAGGAUCAAGUGAUCCAAUAUGAUUCAUUCCAUGAUACAAACAUUUCGACAACAGCAACGUCGACGAUGGUCAAGCAUGUACACUUCACAUUGUUCUCGUCAAGUCAUGAAGAUGAACAUUCGGUUGCUGCACAUGGAGUGGAUGACCACCCAAUCGUGACACCUACACCCUCAUUGAAGCAAUUAGUGGCAUCAGGACAAGUGGUUUUUGAACUUGUUGAAGAGGUUUUCUUGAAAGGUUUAACUGGAAAGCAUGCCAUUUAUUGGGUCAAGGAAGUGAAUGAUCCUCGAUCGAGAUUUAUUGAGAACUAUGAAAUGCAUGGAAGAAAUCAUGUGGCAGUGGCAAAAAUUGGUUCCGUAGCAACUCCGUUAUCGUGUACUACUACUACACAUGCAGUGAGUGGAAUUACUGGAGAGGAAUCUCCAUUGAAAUCUCCUUCAUUAAUGAAUGUGUCACAAUUGGCAAAAUAUGAUUUCCAAGCUUCGAUUGAACAAACGUUAAAGAAUAGUGCGACAUUAUCGGAAGAGGAAAAAUCCAUUCUGAUUCAACGAUUUGUCUUGUGGAGUGCUUGUUGUGAAUAUGGUUCUGUUGGUGGCAGAGUUUGCCUGAUACGUGACAUGUGGAUCAAAUUUCCUGACACUACCUUGAUGAAAUUUAUUGCAAAUGUUUUGGCUCAACAAGAUGAAGGACAACCAUGUCAUGUCAUGGAGACAACAAUUAUUGGUGAAAGUACAACAAACUCGUCGAAUUCGAGUACAAGGAAUGAUGAUGUUAAUUUUGGACUGGAAAUUCAUGAAGAUGAUCAAGACACUGCAGUGAAAUACUCUCACAGUAAAGAUGAAACACAUUAA